AUGUCCAGCAGUAUAACAGUAAAAGAAGUAGGCGAGUCAAGGAAGAAACUGACUGGAACUAUCAUGGGUAAAGUUUGUAGAGAACCUGAUCUCUACCAGAUCAUUGAACUAUCUAGAGAUGUACCAAGAUUAUCACAUCAUUUUUCCACUAGUAUUAUUUUGCAGGUUAAUGAGUAGCAAAAUGACUGGCCUACUUUUUUUAUUCAACAUCGUCUCCAAGCCCAAAUGGAUUUAAUAGAAAGAGAUUAUGGAGACAGAAAAGCAAGAGAGUUGUGAGAACAGCUAAAGCCAAAGAUUCCAGAAAUGUUUCAUGACUUGGAAAUAAUUCCUGCACUUGUUCAUGGUGACCUGUGGUCAGGAAAUGUAGCUGAAGAUGACUAUGGACCAAUUAUCUUUGACCCAUCUUGUUUCUAUGGCCAUUCAGAAUUUGAACUUGCAAUUGCUAUGAUGUUUGGUGGUUUUAGUAGUUCUUUCUUCUCUGCAUAUCAUAGCAAAAUCCCUAAGGCUUCAGGGUUUGAGAAACGUAAUUCCCUUUAUAAGUUAUUUAAUUAUAUAAAUCACUGGAACCAUUUUGGCACAGAAUUUCGGAGACCUUCUCUUACUGUAAUGCAAAGCCUUUUAAAAUAAUUGUCAGGCACAAUCAUUCUUAGUAAGUGAUUUCCUGUUUGGUGCCUGUUGCUUCAAAUGUAAUGCAUCAGAAUGGUUAACCAGAGGACAGAGUUAAAUUGGUGUGAUAUACAUCUGCUUCCUCACAAAAUCUUGCAGUGGGCUUGUAAUAAUUGCACACUGAUUAUCAAAUUAUGUACAGCUAAUUAUUUCAAGAACAGUUCAUCCUCAUGUUUCUUUAAACGAACCUGCUCCAGUAAUAGUUCUGACAGAUAUUGAAAAUACUGCUUUCAUCUAAGCCAGCUUAAAAUUGUUUCCAGGUGUUCUAGUUUUAGAAUAAUGUUUUCUCUAUUUUCCCAACAAGGCUUUUCCCAUAAAUAUAUGGCAUAUUUUAUUACAAUAGUUGAGAGGGUAGCUGUGGGCAUUUCCUCUCACCAAUAUUAUGACAAUAUGCUUUUCUGGUGGUUUAAGGACUGAUGGAUGACAUUUUAAUACAGCCAUCUGUCUCUGCCUUGAAUUAAACAAAUGCUGUCUUGGAAUUCAGGAUAUUACACAUAUCUGGAGUAUGCCAGAUUGGAAAUGGCUACAAUAUGCUACAUAUGUGCUGAUUAUGUCAUUCCCUUUUAUGAAACUUUAUUAUUCCUUACCUUGUGCCAACAUGUCAAAAACAUGUAUUAGCUGUAGAGUCUUAUGGAUAAUCAACUGGAAAAGACUUGUGAAAGAUCAUUUUCGUGCAUAGUAACUGCAGUGAGAUUAGUAUAUGUACAAAGAUGGAAAGAUUCUGAAAUAUCUACGAUAGAGGAAUGGUUAGUGAAGACGAGGAAUUUACAGAAAUGGCAAAACUUCUUUGAUCAAGGAGAAGACAAGUACAAUUAUGAGUGACCGGAAACCCUUUGUGGACUUUUUGCUGAAAACUGGAAAACAAUGAAGUGAUUUAUGGAUUUGAUGAUUAGAAAGGGAAGAUAUGGGAAGAAAGGAAUUAUGCUAUAACCUUGAAGAAGGAGGAUAGAAGGUAAAUAUUUUAUAACUGCUAUAAAGAAGAUUGGAACCAAUCUUUUAUAUAUAAUUUUUUCUUACUUUUCUUUCUUCUAUCUUUUUAUUAUUCAGUCACUUGCCAUGCUCCCUUUUUAAGUUCUUUUUAUUUUCUUUACAUUUAUUUUUGCUUUUACCAUUGUAUAAAAUACUAAAUUUUAUACAAUAAAAUUUAAUAAAAUAGCAUACACAAUGCUUUUAAUAUUUUAAUUCUUAUUGACUCAAUUAGUAUAGUGAUCCAAAAGAAAUCAUUGAUAAUGAAGUUUCACACUUCAUAUCUUUCCAUUUUCUCUCUGUAUAAGAAGAAUUACAUUAAAAUGUUGAAAAAUAGAGAAUAUUAGUCACUGAUUUCCAUACCACUUCAGGAUUCAUUUGUUAUGCUGCAUUUAUGUACUGUAUCUCAUUUGAAAAAUAAUUCUAAGGUCUCCUUUCCAUUAGAAAAUAAGUUGCAUUGUUAUUUUAAACAAUAUAUUUUUGCAGUUUAAAAUUUCUAGCAGCUCUAAAAUAUGUAUACAAAAUAGGAUGUUGAAAAUAAUUCAAAUAAUCUUUGAAAUGUAUCUUAAGAUAUGCCUAUAUGGUAAAUGAAAUACAAAUGAUUUUAGAGAAAAUUACUAUAUAAUAGUUGAUAGUCUCAAAAUGAUGCACUACCAUAAUGAACUAUUUAUUGAAAUAAAAUAUUCAAUAUCUAUACUUGUUCUUUUUUUCUAGAAAGAUCUUGUUAUUACAUUUUUAAGGGGGCAUGCUAGUAAAAUUACUUAGUAAUGUUGACUCCUGUGAGUUCCCAGAUAAGUCUGGAUAGGUUCUUGUUUGUAAUAUUGUAACACUAGCUUUUGUUUUUUGUCUUUUUCUUUUAUCACAAAAUAAA